GCGACGGCGGCAGUCACGUGAUUCCACCCCUCUCGCCUCUUUUACAGUAAAAUCCAACAUGGCGAACAUAGCAGGGCCUACGCGGCGAUGGCGGCGACAUUAUCUCACCUGAAGACGAGCGUUGCACAACAACAACGACGACGAGGACGACGAUGAGGGAGCGACAGAAAAAGAAGAAAGGAAGGACGUGGGCGGAAGCCGCGAAGACGGUGCUGGAGAAAUACCCCAACACCCCCAUGAGCCAUAAAGAAAUCUUGCAGGUGAUCCAAAGAGAACGACUCAAAGAGAUAAGAAGCGGAACGUCGCCGUUAGCAUGUCUGAAUGCCAUGUUGCACACAAACUCCCGCGGCGAGGAGGGCAUCUUCUACAAAGUUCCGGGCAGGAUGGGUGUCUACACCUUGAAGAAGGACAUCUCCGAGGUGGCCACCGAGUUGUCGAAGGAAGAAUCCGAAGAGAGCAGCGACAACCUGUCCGACUCGCGAAGCUCGGAAAACAACAGCGGCCCUUGGGAAGGCAGGAGGAGACGCUGGAUGCGACCAGUUCCCUCCAAGCUGCUGUCGCAGCAGCAGCCGACGUCGCCGCAGCCCCGCUGCUCGUCUCCGUCCGUCGCCGCCGCCAAGCUCAUCUCGCCCUCGCAAAAGCACAGCAAGAAAGCCCUCAAACAGGCCUUGAAGCAGCAGCAACAGCGGAACCAACGCAGGCAGGCGGCGAUGCCGACCACUUCCAGUUCCAGGCUGCUGCUGAAGACCAUCAAAGACAUGGCCGACAACAUCGGCGCCAAGACCGAUCUUUGCCUCCCCGUCGGACCCAGGAAGGUUUCUCAGCGCUCAGGUCGUCUCAGUGCAGGGCACCUAAAACGUAACAGAUGCAAAAUCGAUGUCGAGACUCCAGACUCCAUUUUGGUCAACACCAACCUCCGGGCCAUCAUCAACAAGCACACCUUCUCCGUCCUGCCGCCGGCCUGCCAGCAGAGGCUGCUGCGACUUCUUCCCCAAGUGGACCAGCAGGCCUGCACGGACGGUCUCCUCAAGGUGACGAGUUCGGCUUUGAACAAUGAAUUCUUCACGUCGGCGGCGCAGUCGUGGAAGGAACGGCUGGCUGAGGGUGAAUUCACUCCAGAGUUGCAGCUGCGAAUGCGCCAGGAAAUCGAGAAGGAGAAGAAAGUUGAGCACUGGAAAGAGGUCUUCUUUGAGAGCUAUUAUGGUGAAAAUUCUGGGCUCAGUCUUGAGGAAUCCAAAGAGCUGACUAAAGCUGAUCUAAAAUGGGAACCGAAGCCUCUUCAGCCAAGAGUGUCGGAGGAAGCGAAGGGCACCAAGGACCGCAGUCGGACCGACAAAGACUUCAAGUCCACACCGUCGCAGGAGAAGACACGACCUCCUCCGAAAGAAUCUCUCUCCGUCCCAGAGCUGAUGAAGACCAGGCGCUCUCAGCAAGCCGAGGAUUGUCAGAUGCCCGUUCAGACCUUGAGACCGGAACCCACGGAGCACGAUGAGCGCGUCACCGCAGAGACGCGGACUGAGCCGAGUGUGAAAGAGGAUAAAACACAACUCCCCCGGUCUCCCGUCAAGACAAGCCCGCUUCCAGAAUCCGGUAUGGAGGUAAAAGAUGGUCCACCGACAUCUGGGAUGAAGCCUUCUGAAGAGACGAUGGCCAUUCCAGAAGGCGCUUCAGAACAGCAGAAAAGAAAGCCUCCCGGCGAGACAGAGGAUGAGGCCACGCCGGACAAAAGACAGCGGGUAUCCUCGGUUUCCUCAGUGUCCUCCAUCUCCUCCGUGUCUCCUCCGGCUUCAUCCAUACCCAGCCCGGCCACGCCCACGUCGGCUGCCAACCAGAGAGUCCCGCCGCGCAAGAUUCCUGUGUCGCGAAUUCUCCCCAUCCCCUUGUCACCAAGUCACGGGUCACCAAGGAUGCCUCUCCCUGCCCCCACGAGCAGCCCGGUUCGUACCGGCGCUCGCACUUUAGCGGACAUCAAAGCCAAAGCUCAGCUCGCGCGAGCGCAACGAGUAGCAGCAGCGGCAGCGGCGGCCGCAGCCUCCGGGGGUGCUCUGGCCGUGUCCGGGCAAGGCGCGGGUAGCGCCGAGUCGACAAAACCCUCUCCAAGUCAGAGUCCGACAUCCCCACACGCCUCCGCCAGGUUACCGCUCAACACCACCAGCACAGCUCCAUCUCGGCCACAGGACUUCCUCGGUCCACUCAGUCCAAGAAACUUCAACAUUCAAGAUGCGAGAACAGCGAAUGUGCGACCUUCUAGCACUUGUUCAGACUCUGUACUUGAGUUUCAGGAAACCCCUUCUGGAUCAAACCGGACCAGCUCCUUUAUCCCUGCAAACAACCCACUAGUCACCAGGCUCCUGCAGGGAAAGGAAGUCCCCUUGGAGCAGAUCCUCCCAAAACCGCUCACCAAGGUGGAGGUCAAGAUGUCAAGUGUACACUCCAGCAAGGGGAAGCCAACUCCUUCAGCCCCCAGCGGCGUUCCGGAGCACCACCAGUCCAAUACCUCAGGCUGGGGCUUCUCCGACGACGGCAGGCACCACAAGGAACCUCUUGACAAAGACACUCAGGAGCAGAUCCUGCAGACUCUGAUGGAGAGGAAAAUACCGCAGCGACAAGCCCAUCGAGCGGUGAGCGGCGAUGAACAUCAGGGCCGACCAUGGAUAUCCGUCGGCUUCUUGGGCCGCAAAAGGACGCAGAGGCCCGCCAUGUCGGGACACUAUCUCCUCAACGUGUCCACGUACGGCCGAGGGUCAGAGAGCAAGCGCUCUCAGCAGGCCGCCAUCCCGAAUGUGACCGCUGCGAAAAGAGAAACGGCGGAUGGCCAGGAGGCGGCACGAGAGGGAACGUUUGAGUUCAAAAUGGAGCUGCAAGGAUCAUCCGUAAGCAAGUGUGAGCAAGCGGAGAACCUUCUACUUGGUGCCGGCAUUAAAACCGACCCGGGAUUUGACAAAAGUGCGACGGAUGAGAAAACCCCAGGGCAUAAGCAACUUUGCAAUCAAGGAAAAUCCGAGCCAUAUCUACCGCCGAAGGACCCCAGUCACCAGCGACCGUCUGCCUUCCCAACCCCAAGGAUGUCCAUCCAUCAGGAAUCGGUUUCGCCCCGUUACGGCGGAACCAUCAGCGUGUCCGUACCGCACGCUUUGAACCGCAACGCCGCCGCCGGCAGCGCGACCGUGCCGGACGCCGGGAGCGUCAUGUCUUUCUCGGUGACCGUCACCACCAUUCCUGCCGCCGCCAGCCCCCUGGACUCCGGCGACCGGAGCGCGCCGCCGGCGGAACCGUCCUUCAUGGAGGCCGCUGGCAUGGAAGACGCGCAGUCCAAGUGCUACUGUCGGCUGAAAGCCAUGAUCAUGUGCAAAGGGUGCGGGGCCUUCUGUCACGACGACUGCAUCGGACCCUCCGAGCUGUGCGUCUCGUGUCUGGUGGUACGAUGACACCCGGAUCGACUCGUGCCUGGGCGGUCGCGAGAUUUACACUGGAUGGUCUUUUACGGGCUGCGCGGCGGCCGAGCGGUUAGCGCAUCUGCCUCACAUUUCGGAGGGUCGGGAUCUUGGCCCAGUCUCUUUCCUACAUGGAGUUUGCUCAUUUCCCCCGUGGUUGUGUGGGAUUUUUGCCGGUUCCUUUGGCUUCCUCCUGCGUUGCGCAAACAUACGUUCGGUUCAUUGAAGACUCUAAAUCGCAGGUCUCAAACACGAUCCUGAACGUUUUUAGAUAUUUGCCCCUUCCCACACGUCUAUUCAAAAGAUCAGCUCAUCGGCAAGCUCUGUCGGAGCCUGAGAACGAUCCUGAUCGUUUGAAUUGGGUGUGUUGCGAGGAGGGGCAAAAUCAGAAACAUGCGGCAUCGAGGCCCUCCAGGACCAGAGUUUGACGCCUGUUUCGAGCUGUGAAUGGGGGUUUGAAUGCCUACUGAAUACAAUACUCACAAAAAAAUCUGGGAUACAGGGUCUGAGCUCUCCAGCAAAAACUGCCGCCCCAACUACCGAUCUGCGCACCGCACGGAUAGUUUGUGUCGGGUUGGGGGUUCUGAAAGUAAUUUCCGAAUGGGAUAGUAUGUCAGCAACCCUUCACCAUCGAAAUGGUCCCCGGUGGAAAUGGUUGAGGACCGCCUCCCUAAGUUUUAUCAGUUUCUUCUCCACUGGGGCGCACCUAACAAUUUGGGUCCGGAUCUCAAAGGAGCGGCAGAGAUUGUUGGUGCUCAUUUUUUUCCCCAACCUCACUGGAUGAACUUUAAACAUUUACAUUUACGGGAUGGGAGUGCGUGAAUACCGGUCUCCAAUCUUUUUAGCACCACUGACCGGUCUUGCGUACGGACGUAUUUUGAUGGACCAGCAAGCCGUGAGAUUGGUUGGUUCAGGAACGCGACACCACUCAAGCCGCUCAGCUUCUGCGCGUCCCUGCUUACAGAUGUCAUGGGAUGGCGCCGAAGCCCUACUUUUCAAUUUAACUGGGCUUUGGAUUGUAAUCAAAGCUCCUCAUCGCAACUCAACCUAGUUCCUUGCCACCAGCAUACCGCAAGGUGGUGCCAGGGCACUAUUUUUCUAUUAGGCAGGGCUUUGCGAGGAGAGUUUUUCAGCGGGUAGCAGAGGAUCCGUUCCCCUCAAAAAUAGACAAAUUGGCACACCUGGCAGUGGUCGAUUGCAAAUUGGCGAGGGAACUUUGGGGUGAAAUUUCAGGAUCAAGCUAAAAUGCAGUACAACCUUUACAGGGUCACUUGAUUUGCUCUUCCCUCAAGUUUUGAAUGCUCAGCUGUGACAUUUUGGGUUCAUGCUGAACUUUCACCUGAAGCCAAAUAUCCCCAACUUUUUGUGAGUACUCGCUGUGCUCUGCCAUUGGCUGGCGACCAGUCCAGGGUGGACCCCGCCUCUCGCCAGAGUCAUCUGGGGUAGGCUCGAGCUCGCCUGCAACCCUGUUGACAAUAAGCGCUUUAUAAAAUGGAUUCACUGAAAUGUCUUUGUCCAAAGCCGUUUCGAAACAUCCGUUCUUAAAACAAUCGAGAGUCUCAUCGGAUCCAAUCGGACAUUUUGCACUUAGCAUUAGCAUGCUAUAUAUUUUUAAACUAGAUUUAUGAAAACUAGUUUUUAAACGGGAAAACAGAGGGAAAAAAUAUUUUUGUUGAAACUCAAGGCUGUUUUAGACUUUUUAUUUUUUACUAUUGGGCCUGUGUCAUUUUAAAGGCAAAAAAGGGGGCGUUGACGAUAAUCACAGUGUGUAAGAUACCUCCUGUUUGGUGUUUGUCAUGCACACACACACACCAGGGAAAGUGCAACUAUUUUAUA